AUGGUUGAAAUUUCUUUUAGACUCAGCUUUGAUGAAUUUCUUAAGAAGUAUGUGAAAAAGGAAAUAUUACAAAAAUCUUAUCAUGAUUAUUUUUGCAGAAUGUCUCGUAGAGCUGGUUCUCAAGAACACGAGAACUCUUCAAGGAGGUUUUCUAGUUUGCCUCGACCUGCUUUUUCGAAGGACGAGAGUCAGCCACACAACUCAAGAUCUUCAUCCAAUCUUCUGGUCAAAUGGAACUCUGUAGAUAAUAAAAAUCAGUUAAGUGAAGGACUCGAAAACCGAAUUGGCAUAAUGGAAACCUCAUUAAGCAGGUUUGCAAUGAUCAUGGAUUCUGUUCAAAGUGAUGUAAUGCAAGUAAACAAAGGAACAAAGGAAAUUAAUUUGGAGAUGGAGUGCAUAAGACAGAAGUUGAUUGCUCAGGAUAACUCGCUUCAGUUAAUGAUGAGAGGACAAGAAGAACUUAAAGCAAGCAUUAAUGAGAGCUUGAAAUCUGUAUCUGAACAAAUGAGCCAUGUUACAAACAUAGAGAAGUUACAGGAAGUAUAUAUGUUGGUUUCAGCCAUGCCUCAGCUAAUUGAAGGCUCUAUGAGAAAUUUGCAAAAUGAUCUCCAGAAAACUACCAAGGAAAUGCAGGAAAUCUCUCGCAGUUUAAAACAUACUAACCAAAAGGAUCUGGCACAGUCUAUUCUGUCUCCAAAGUGUGUUAGCAAACAAUUUAUCACACCAAAACUGCAUCAGCGCUCGGCUAAUGAAGCAAAGAUGAACACUCCAGCUAUUGCAGCUUCAAAAGUAGACACGGGAGGCUGG